AGUAGGAGGAGGUCUGCCUAAAAACUCCGCCUCCGAUCUCGGAUCAUCUCGCAUUCCUUCUUCACGGCCCCUCACGCCGUGGAUAGAGAGAGAAAGGGAAGGAGAAACACAAGAAGGGCACACGAAGAAGGAGAGGGGGAAAAACAAGAAGGGGCGCAGCGAAACGACCAUGGCAGUAUCCACAGCGCGUCAGCGUGAGACAGAGUCCGAGCACAGCGCACUCCCACCGCCGCCGAGCAGAGCCCGGAGCAAGCAGACGCACAAUAGACAGCCUCUUCAUGAAUGAAAGGAGCUGUGUACCUGGGCCGUGGACACAAUGAGGGUCAUCUUCACCCUAAACGCCGGUUUCGUCGCAGCUUUUUCGCCUUUCUUGUGAUGUUGGCAAAGUGUAGGACGACAGAUGACGUGAACAACAUAGAAUUGACCACAGUUAGAUCGUGCCAGUUUAUUUAUGUUUUAUUUUUUUAUUUUUUUUAUUUUCUUCAGCAUGCAGAGAUAAUAUAGCCAGUAUUUGUCAAAAGCAAGAACGAAAGCGUGGUCAGAUUGCGACAUGCAGCCUUGCUGUCGAUAUCUGAACACAGACUAGUCUAUGUUUUAUUAGCUACGUUGGCAUUAUAAUUUAAUUUGUAUGCCUAUUAGUUAUUAUAAAGUGACCAUUUUAGAUCAGCGCGCCUCAUUAGUAGUCGAUUAUAACGCGAUUAUAACAUAAAAUAGCUAAGAGAAGAAAUGUUUGUUUACUUCGAUCAAAGACAAUCAGUGAAUAUUAGAUUCCAUAUGUGAUAAUAUCAUUUGCUUUAUGACUUGUAAUUUAUUUAUUUAUUAUUACUAUUAUUAGGUCUUUUAAGUAUUAUCGUAUUGAUUAGUUUAAGUUAGUAGUUUAAAUAUAUUUAACAGUUGAGAAGAUUGUUUAAAACGUCUCCCUAGUGAAAUGGAGACCGCUUAUUUAUCACCCCGCCGGGGUGCCGCCCGUCCCGAGUCCCUGAGGGGUCAAAGCGCGGCGGGCAGACCGGCGGCGGGUGUCCCCUCCCCUCCUACUCCACCUCCGGCCUCACCUGCCGGCGCCUCACCCGAGGAUACCCCGGCACAAGGCGACGGUCGGCGGAACUCGGGCGUGAAGAAGCACCACCACAAGCACAACCUCAAACACCGCUACGAGCUCCUGGAGACGCUGGGAAGAGGCACCUACGGCAAAGUCAAGAAGGCUAUUGAGCGGCACUCCGGCAGAGAGGUGGCGAUCAAAUCAAUUCGGAAGGAGAAGAUCAAGGAUGAGCAGGACAUGGUGCACAUCCGCAGAGAGAUCGAAAUCAUGUCAUCCCUCCGCCACCCACACAUCAUCUCUAUAUACGAAGUGUUUGAGAACAAGGACAAGAUUGUGAUUGUCAUGGAGUAUGCCAGUAAGGGGGAGCUGUACGACUACAUCAGCGAGCGUAGGCGCCUUAGUGAGCGGGAGACACGACACUUCUUCAGACAAAUAGUCUCUGCUGUGCACCACUGCCACAAGAAUGGAGUGGUGCACAGGGAUCUGAAACUGGAAAACGUGCUACUGGAUGAAAACUGCAAUAUUAAGAUCGCUGAUUUUGGAUUGUCCAACCUCUACCAUAAGGACAAGCUGCUGCAAACUUUCUGUGGAAGCCCCCUUUAUGCUUCACCAGAGAUUGUCAAUGGAAGACCAUACCGUGGCCCGGAGGUAAGGCUCAGUGAAGCAAGCAAUGAUUCAGACUGUUCUGAUGUGGACAGCUGGGCUCUCGGAGUGCUGCUGUAUACCCUGGUCUAUGGAACCAUGCCUUUUGAUGGGGGAGACCACAAGAAGCUCAUUCGUCAGAUUAGCAAUGGUGAAUACAAAGAGCCCACUCAGUCUUCAGAUGCCCGUGGACUGAUCCGCUGGAUGCUGAUGGUGAACCCCGAGCGGCGAGCCACAGUAGAGGACAUAGCCAAUCACUGGUGGGUAAACUGGGGCUGGAAAAACAGCGUCUGUGACUGUGAGGGCCAGCGCGACCACGGUGGCUCGCCCAUGCUUGCCCGUUUCAUCGACUGGCAGAAUCGCACUGAGCCACGUAGUACCGGAGCCAAAGCUGCUGCCAUACCCCAGAUCCUGCGGCAGAGGCCCAAGAAAUCAAAGAAGGAAAACGUUGAAGCUGGCCAGUCCCAAGAGGGCGCAGAGGAUAAACCAGGUUUGAAGAGACCCAAGGGCAUUUUGAAGACAAGGGUUACUGAGGAGCAAAGGUCCGCCAGUCCUGAAGAAGUGGAGCUGAGUCGAGGGGCACUGCCUCAACAAGCUGACGGUGGAGAGGAGGCUUCAAGCCCUGACAGAGAGGAAAACGAGCCAGUGUUGGGAGGUGGCUCACCAGCCAAGAUGGUACCGUCUCUACCAAAGAAAGGCAUCUUGAAAAACAACCAACAGCGGGAAUCAGGGUACUACUCUUCCCCGGAGCGCAGUGAAUCCUCUGAGCUUUUAGGAGGUACCAGCAUGUCUCUGGUAGCUACCUCCCCUCCUAAGCGAAUGAUGGGGAGGAAGGGCAUUCUGAAGCGAAACGGCAAGUACUCCACCUACAGUGGGCUGCCCUCUUCGGCAGCAGUAGCAGGGGUCCUAGGCGAGCCUCCUCCCACAACCGACUCGGGCCUGUCCCGCAGUCAGAGUCGGCCCUCCAGCAUCGUGGGGGAGGACAGCUCUGUUCUGUCGCUAUCGCCGAGUUCCCUCGGUGGAGCCGAGUGGCAUCCCUCCACCCCACACCUCCGCACCAACAUCAGGGCUUGCGUCUCAGCCGAAAACCUGCUUCAGCUCGCCAACUUCAAAGGUCUUCAGACCGCGCCGCCCAUCCAAGGUCCGAAGUUUAGUCGCGGCUCCAAAAUGAAAGGCUCCCCGGGGGACAACGGCAGCUUCUCCCUGCUUGGGGAUCUGGAAGACAUGACUCAGGUGUACCAGCAAGCCCUGGACAUCAGCAACAAUCUCACCUAACAAGCGGGUGGCAGAGCAUGAGGAAGCAGAGGGAUUCGAUUGUGACUCUGUGUGCGCAAUGAAGGGUGUGCGCAGCAUUAACGACCGGUGUGUUACUGGGAUACACCUUUAGGAGGCUGGGGCUGAAAGAUGCAAAAGAUAUGCCUGCGCUCACACACUUGCACACACAGAUACACACAUGUAGGUGUACUUCUCUGGUCAGUGGGAAUUAUGUUCCAGGCUUUGUGAACAAGAGAGAGACUCUAAGAUGGUACAUGAGAGAGAGAAAGAGAAUGCCACCCAGUCUGCUGUCCUGGCCCGCCGUAGACUCUGCUACGUUGAACAUGUUUACAUAUUUAGCAAGAAGGCAAGUUAGAAUCACAAACGCAGCAACCAGAAACUGGUUGGCUCUCCUUCUUGUACACCACCCAUGUCUGAGUCUGAGUUUACAAAAGCACCUUAAAACUCACACAGAGCACAUGCUUUUGUGAUCUUUACUUCCUUGUAAAAGAAGAAACAAACCAGGGUCUUGUUCUGAAUUUAAGAAAAAAACUUAAACCAAAAAAAACAACAACAAAAAAAAACAAUGAUUAUUUAUUAUUAAUAUUUUUAAGCUUUAGUUGUAGGUGCCAAACUGGUGGGUGGCUGGUUGAUACUGGAAUCGCCUUGUCUCCAACUCUUUAGGUGAAACUGACAUAUAUAAAGAUGUUACUCGGUGAUAAACAUAUUAUUAACCAACAUAUAUAACCAUGCUUGUGUCUGUAACACGCAGGCAAGUAUACCUUCUUAAAAGUGUAUGUCCUAUAUAUGUGUAUGAUAUGAGGAAUAUGUAGGAAGUGCCUUUUUUGAUUCAUACUAAGAAUUAUGUAUGUUGUUUCCUUAAAGGAGAAGGAAAAGCCAGGCCACCCAGAAGCCAGUUUUAUUUUUCAUAUGUUUGUGAUUGUGGAGAAACCCAGGGCUUUCAGAGCAUACCUGACUGACUUUCCUUAUUCUAUGGGUUUAAAGGUUGAACUCUUAGGUAGUAGAGAUCUAAUACUUCUGGUUUUCUGAUUUUCUUUCCUUCUACUUGUAAAAUCAUAUGCAGCUCAGAUUCAAAAAGGGAAAAAAAGCCGCCUCCUUGUUCUUUUUUAGUGUAUAAGGCCACAGUCAGUCGCUGCAUAGGCUCUACUGAAUCCACUUUUUGCUGGAAGCACAAAGAAUUCAAAGGUCCUCAUGUAGCGGGACUAUUCCUUGACUGGAGGUGGCAAAUCCUGGAUAGAGGGGCACCGAUCAGAAUUCUGGGGAUGAUAUCCGAUACUUAACAAUAGCUAAUAAUGUCUUCUUCCCUCAGUAACAGCAACAGCACUGAAGAGUGUUGAGGUUAGUGGAAUCAUAGCACUUUGACUAACUGAAAAAAGAUUGGAUUUCUGACCGGUCGGUCACUGGUCAGGUCCCAUCCAGCUGAAAUUCUCAGUUUCUGGUCUUAGUGGUCCUCUAGUCCCGAAACGUCCCUGCAUAUCUUAGGAUCGCUGUUUGACCGAUGUGGUUUUACUUUAUUUCAUGUUUUACCAAAGACAUUUCAGGUGUUUUCCAUUGGGAGACUAGUUAAUAUUUCACCCGCAGCUUUUUCAAAGAGCUAAGUCAAGUUCUUUUUUUUCUUUUUUUUUUGCUGAUGACACAGCAAAUUCCUCAGACAAAAUGCUGGAGAUGUGUUGGUUCUAGAGAUCCCUUAUUACCCCCCUUACCCCCAAACCCGACUCAGCACAGGUGGAAUCUGCGGUCUGUGCUCAGCCUCCCAGCUGUGUAUACUUUCUUCAUUGUGUCCACUGAGCACAAUUAGCCCGUCGUUGUUUUUAUUUGAGUGUGAGAGGGGAGGCAGUGCGUAGAGAGUUAUAGCUGCAGGCAGAAGAAAAGUGUGAGAAAGAGAGAGAUGUGGUGCAGAAGAUAGGAGUGGACGUUCCUGCGGAAAGCAGGAAGGGUCAGAGUUCUAGAGGUAUUUCUUUUUGACGGAUUUGCAACGUAGAAUAGCGGGAACAAAGAAAGUGAGUAGAAAGAGUAGAUGGAAAGUUUCUUAUUUUAUUUUGUACCAAAGAUCUGAUGAGGCUUUGACAGGAUUCAAUAGGCUUUAAUGAGUUGCUUUGACUUGGGGAAUCCCCCAUUGGUGAAUAAAUCCAUCCCCACAAUGGCUGAACGUAUGUUUCACGUAUGUUUUAUUUGUGUUCAUUUAUUGUUGGUUGGGAUGCUAGAGGCUGUUGAUACAGCUUGUCUGGAGGCUCCUUGCAUGACACAUUUCUUCUGUAUAACCUUAGAAAAUAUGAUAGUUUUUAAAACAGCAACAAAAUUACUGGAGAAUUCACAGCGUCGGAUGAUGCGGAGGGAAAAACACGCAGUCGGUGACCCCAAAUAAAAAAGAACACGUUGAAUGUUUUCGGUGGUCAGCUCGCGUGAAGGAAAGAUCCCGGGGUACUGAGUUUAACGAACGACCCACUGCUUAUUAUAUUGUACUUUAUUGCCUUUUGUAUUGCAUUUUAAUGUCAACUGGAUUUACAGUGAAAAACUUAUACUAUGUUAGUAUUUUUGGUUUAUUACGCUUCUGUUUUUGAUUUUCCAAAAUGUAAGGAAUGUUAUAUUGCUUUAUGUACGGCAGAAGAACAAAUACUUCCUUCCUCGAAGUAUUAGAAUUUCUCUGAAGUGGACGCACUAAUCCGACGUGAAAUUGGUGUUGUAAUUUCAUUUUUCGCUGUUUUGGCACGCCAAAAUGUCAGAGUGGCAAUAAACUUUAUAUAUAUAUAUAUAUAUAUAUAUAUAUAUAUAUAAAACUAUUUGAAAAAAGGUGGGGGAAGAAAAAUCUAACUUCUUUAAUUUGCCAACGUGUGGGAGAUCCAAAAUAAAGCAAGAACAUAAAGCAAUAAAAAUGAUUUGAUAAAUAUGAUGAUUUGAUAAUAAAAGCUCAACUCUGCCAAACUGGAAAUAACUGGUGCAUAUUAGUUAGUUUGAAAAUCUAAUCAUAGGAAAACUUGACUGGAUAUUGUUAUGACAAUAAUAAUAAAUUUAGUAUUAUUAUGUUAUUUAAGUAUUAUUUUUGUUACUGCUCAUUACUUUUUUUAUGUUUUAAUGAUUUUGUUUGUGGGUAAUCCUGGACUGCCGAGGUUUAUUUUAUGAUUUUUCUUUCUUUUCUUUUUUUUUUUGUUUGAUGAUAAAAACGAUUGUCUUUUUGUACUUAUAUUUAUUGAUCAAGCCAUUUUAGACAGUGUGUUAAGAUUUAGACAUACUGCAUUCAAAGAGAGUAGUUUCAUCUCAAUCGGAGAAUAAAUUGUUUCUGGAAAUCUGGAAACGUCUUAAUUCUUUAUUCAGGUCAACACAAUGCCCCUGAAGUACUGUAUCAAUCCAAAUAAAAGGAUCUCAACA